CCCCCGCAGUUCCUGUCGCUGUGCGCGCCGCUGACGCAGGAGCACCCCGAGGUGCUGCCCUUCCUGAGCUCGCGCCACCUGCGCGCCCACCCCGACUUCCGGGGCUCGGCCGAGUUCCGGAACAUUCUGGGCCGGCUGCUGCGGCGCGUGCGGGGCCGGCGCCGCAAGGUCUACGUCUACAUCAACGAGCUGUGCACCGUGCUGAAGGCGCGCGCGCUGCGCCGCCGCCUGCCGCUGCGCGCCCUGCCCGCCGCGUGCCCGCCCGGUUCGUGCCAGUGCCCCGAGGGAGCUGAGCCAUCCCAGUGUGCCGCCAGUUCAUCCCAGUGUCCCGCCGGGGAUCCGUCCCCGUGUCCCCAGGACUCCUCCCGGUAUCCCCAGGACUCCUCCCGGUGUCCCAGCGCUUCAUCCAGCGAUCCCGGCGCUCCGUCCCAGUAUCCCAAUGGUCCCUCCUGGUGCUCCAGCGCCUCGUCCCAGUGUCCCAACGCCUCAUCCCAGUGUCCCAACGCCUCAUCCCAGUAUCCCAGCAACUCCUCCCAGUAUCCCAACGCCUCAUCCCAGUGUCCCAACGCCUCAUCCCAGUGUCCCAGCAGCUCCUCCCAGUGUCCCAGCGACUCAUCCCCGUGUCCCGGCGCUCCAUCCCAGCCUCCCGGCGCCCCGGCCGGCGGCCCCGGGCAGCAGCCGUGCCCGGCGGAGGCCGCGUCCCCGCGGCGCGCGGGCGGCUCGCGGCGGCAGAUCCGGCACCUGGAGAACCUGCUGCGCGUCUACGCCGGCGAGAUCCGGCGGCUGCAGGAGCGCGAGCUGGACCUGGCCGAGCUGGACAGCGCCGACUCGCCGUACCUGCAGGAGAACCGCCUCAAGAGGAGGAUGAUGCGCAUCUUCCGCCGGCUCUGCCAGCUCAAGGACUGCAGCAGCCUGACGGGGCGCGUGCUGGAGCAGCGGAUCCGCUUCCGCGGCACGCGCUACCCCGAGGUGAACCGCAGCAUCGAGCGCUUCAUCAACCGGCCCGACGCCUUCCCCGACUACUCGGACAUCCUGCGCGAGAUCCGCGGCGCCAGCGCGCGCCACGGGCUGGGGCUGGGCCGGCGCCAGAUGGAGAACAUGGCGCAGGAGGCGUUCCGCGAGGUGGGCAACCGGCUGCAGGAGCGGAGGCACCUCGACCUGGUCUACAACUUCGGCAGCCACCUCACCGACGAGUACCGGCCAGGCACGGACCCCGCGCUCUCGGACCCCGAGCUGGCGCAGCGGCUGCGGCGGAACCGGCGCCUGGCCCUGGCCCGGCUGGACGACGUCAUCGCCCGCUUCGCCCAGCGGCAGGAGCGGCACCGCGACGGCGACGGCGCCCGCCGGCGGCCCCGGAAGGGCGGGAGCAGGAGGAAGGACGAGGAGGAAGAAGAGGAGGAUGAAGAAGAAGAGGAAGAUGAGGAGGAGGAAGAAGACGAGGAAGAGGAGGAGGAGGAGGAGGAGGAGGAGGAGGAAGCAGAGUCCUCCGAGGCCGAAGGGCGGGUGAAGGUCAAGGAGGAAGAGGAGACGGAGGAGGAAGAGGAGGAGGAAGGAAGAGAGGCCACGGCGGCGCAGGACCAGCGUGGGGACCCAGUGCGACCCCGAGGAGAUCAUCGUGCUCUCGGACUCGGAUUAGCCCCGCCCACCCGCUCUGGCCACGCCCCCGCUCUGCAAGCCCCGCCCCUUCGGUUCAUCCCAAAUAAACCCCGCCUUUUGUUUAUCGCUCGGCUCCGCCCCUUUGUGGGCGUGGUCUGCGCGGACCGCGCCCGCUCUGUCGCGAGAUGA